AUACAAAAUCCUUUAUUGCAGAAUGUAGGUACUUAAUAUAAAGGUGGUUUUUAAAUAUAAAAAAUGUUCCAGUACAUUCUACCGGGUGUGCUAUAUACUACUUUAGUAAAUAGUGCUAUAACUUUUACAUAUUUUUUUAUAUAAUUUUCUAUAAAUGUUAAUAAUAUAAUAUGUAUAUCUUCGUUUGUCUAAGAUUCUUGUUCAUGUGGUGAAAGCGUCUAGUCAGUUUAAAGUUAAUAUUUGUCAAGAUUUUUAGGUGAACAAAGGCCACCUAGAUGUUGUAUCUAGUUGGCCGUGAGUAUGGCGGUAAGUGACGCGACUGUCGUAGUGGUGGACACCGGAUCAUCAACCACUAAAGCUGGCUUUGCUGGAGAAUCGUUUCCGAGGGCUGAGUUCCCAUCUGUUGUUGGCAGACUACGUCGCCCAGGACUCGUGGAUGGAUUCCCUCUUAUAUACUGCGGUCGGGAAGCCAUCGAGAAGCGAGGCCUCUCUUGUCUGAAAUGGCCGAUCAGUGCUGGCUUAGUGCAAGACUGGGAGGAGUUGGAGAAGUUGUGGCACCACACCUUCUACAAGGAGUUGCAUGUUCCACCAGAGGAGACGAGGAUCAUGCACGCCCUGCAUCCCCUAGUGCCGGGGAGGGAUAAAGAAAGAAUGUCAGAAAUACUCUUCGAGACAUUUGCUAUCAACGGAAUCUAUUUAGCCAAGUCCCCAAUACUAGUGCUCUACGCCAGUGGUAGAACUUCAGGCCUAGUUUGGGAAUGUGGUCACUCCUGCUCCUACGCUGCACCGGUCUUUGAAGGAUUUCCAUUAAAGAACGCGACUGUCUGCUCUUCUCUAACAGGGGAGGUGCUGUCAAAUCGAUUCCAGAAGCUACUGGCUGAGACAGGGUACUCAUUCACAACGCCGGUGGAAAGAGAUCUGAUGGAUCAGAUUAAGGCUGAAAAAUGCUAUAUAGUACCAGACUACGAAGCUAAAAUCAGUGAAGCCGUCAGCGCUGGUGAGAACAAGACCCGUUACGAUCUUCCAGAUGGUCAACACGUUCUUUUAGAUGAAGAACUUUACCAAUGUCCAGAACUUCUUUUCCAACCUUCUCUUGGAGGUUUGGACUGUCCAAACAUAGUGGAUGUCAUAUGUUCAAGCGUAAAUAAAUGUGAUAUGGAUUAUCGAGCAAUGUUUUACGAAAAUGUAGUAUUAGGUGGUGGUUCUAGCAUGUUCCAGGGUCUAUCAGAAAGACUGCACGCUGAAUUGGCUUCCCGGUUGAAAGGAAUACCUGGUAUGAAAGCGGGUGUUGACGCGAUGACUUCCAGAAGGUUUGCUGCGUGGGCUGGGGGAUCUAUCAUGGCUUCUAUGAGCUCCCUAAAAGGCUUCUGGAUGACUAAAGCGGAAUAUGAAGAUGUGGGCCCAGAAAGAGUUCAUUAUAAGUUCUUCUGAUGUAUUCCGACUUUCAAUUGAAAGAAAUUUUAUUAAGAUGUCUUGGAAUGGAAUGGAUGGAGGGAUAAUAAAUAUUAAUUAAUUGAA